AUGAGAUGUUGCCUGCGGUGUGCAGGAGGUGCGGUGGAGACCCAAGAAAGGCAAUACAGAGGGUCUUCGACCGAAGGCAUCGGGAGGUGGCGCCAUCUCCUACCCAGACAAGCGCCAAAGAAAAAGAAAGACAAGCAUCAGAUGCUGAGCAUCGCGGGCGCCACAGACACGGCGUACGGGACCCUCAACGUCAACGUGUCGGGCUACGACAUGACGGCGGUGGAGCACUUCGCCCAGUACGUCCACAACCUGUGCGCCCGGCUCGGCAUCGGCGUCGCGGAAAGCUAUGCCCUCCCCACACAAAGCACGGAGCUGAUGCUUAUGCAGGAGAGCGGCACCAAGAUGUACGUCGACUCGCUUCUGAAGACCCACAAACGCGUCAUUCAGUUGCAGAGCCUGAAGGCUUCGCUGUGCCCCAUCUUUGUGGACGUCCUGCUGAAGAACCAGCCGGAGGGCGUCGACCUGUCGGUGAAGGAGCACACAGAGGCUGACUUCCUGGCCCGCUUCAAGGCGCGACCUGAGCUGGAGGGUCUCGUGGCUCAGAUGAGUCCGUAG